AUGAGCUAUUCUUCAUACUCAGUCAAGUCAUCGUCAACAUUAUUUGUUGAAACAAGGAAAGAAAAGAAUUUGACUGAGAUGUUCUCGAUUAUAUUUAUAUAUUUUCCUAUUUUUCUAAUAUUUGUAUCGACUACAUACACUCAACCGUUGCAAUGGAUUUUACUCAGUGAUGGUGCAAGUACAGAUACACCAGAAGUACGACGUGAUGCUGCACUUGGUUUUGAUAACGGAUUUCUUAUUUUAUACGGUGGUCGAGGUCAAACAGGAAUACCUAUUCAAGAUUGUUAUUCAUUUAAUCUUGUGACAGGUCACUGGGAUACACUUACUUUUCCAGCUCCACCACCAAGACGUUAUGGUAUGGCAUCAGCUAAUUUAAUGAAUGGUGGUUUAUAUAUAUUUGGCGGUUUUGGUUUACAAGGUAGUUCAAGUCCAUUUUAUAAUCCAUAUUUAUCUUAUGCAGCUGCUCAAGAGGUUCCAAAUUAUAAUUAUGAAACACCACCAAAUUUUAUUCAAAAUCCAAUAUUAAUGAAUAAUCCAAAUUUUAUUAAUAAUCCAAAUUAUAAUCCAUUGAGUGGAACUGGCUAUAAUAAUGUUAAAGAUCAUAUUGAUGAUGAUGAUCGUGUUGAUGUAAAUUAUUAUCCAUUUCAUGAUGCUUGGUUUCUUAAUUAUGCUACAAAAGCUUGGCAAGAAACACAAACAUCACAAUAUGCACGUGGUUUUGGUUCAGCAGCUGCUUCAGCACUUGCGACUGGUGUACCAAAAGUUUUAUAUAGUAUGGGUAAAUCACGUGAUUGGAUGUAUUCAUUGGUUGAAGUCAUUGGAAAGGGUACAUCAGGUCUUAGCCAAACGGGUACUACACAAGCAGCAAUGAUUAUGAAUGAUUUACCAUCAUAUAGUCCAGCUUAUCCACAUGCUCGUUAUGGACAUUCUACAGCAUUACUUACUGAUAAUCAUCUUUUACUUUAUGGUGGAUGUCUAAGUGGUUAUGGAAAAGGUGGUCCGUGUCCAUCAAAAGAUUCAUGGUUAUUAUAUAUUGAUCGUGGACAUUGGGAACGUUUAGGUGAAUGUCCACCAACAAAAACAGGUGCUGCCAUGGUUACACUUCCUUCAUAUAGUACAUGUGCUGGAAUGGGUCAAAAUGCAGCAGAUAUGUCGGCAAGUAUGAGUCUAGGACUUGAACAACCAGUAGCUGUCUUAUGGGGUGGUAGUGAAUUUAAUCCAUCAUCCAUUCGUACAUAUCCAAGUCCACGUGAUGAAGUCGCUGUAUUUAGUUUAAAUCAAAAAGAAUGGUAUUUAAAACGAGCAGCUCCAUCUCCAACAGAUGGUAGUUAUCCAAUGCAAAGAGAAGGUGCUGCUUUUGUUGCUGGAUGUUUUCAAGGUGUACCUGGUAUGUUUGUUUUUGGUGGACGAGCUACCAUUGAUCGUCGUUUGCUUUCGGAUCUUUGGUUUUUACAAGCAUCACCACAUGAUGCAUUAGCUGCACCGAAUUCACGUGGAUGUAUUUAUCCAUUUUCAUAUUAUCAUCUCCAUGGUAUAUUUCAAUUUUUUACUUAUGGUUUUAUUUUUCCAAUUGGUUAUUUUGUUGGUCGACAUACUGUAGACUCACCUGUUCGACGACCUUUACAUAUGAUUUUACAAAUUUUUGGUGUUUCAUUAGCAAUAUGUGGUUUUUCUUUUGGUAUACAUUCUGUUCGUGCACCAUCAUGGCUUCAUUUUAAACAUGCUCAUGCUAUUAUUGGUAUCAUAACAUUUAUAUUAACAAUUAUUCAAUUUCUUCUAGGAUUACUUGGUGCUCUUAUUUUAAGAAGACAUUCUAAUAAUAUUGAACGUCUUAGUGGAUCAAGUCAUAAAAGUAGUUUAGAAGGAUUUACUAAAGAUACAUGGGGUGGUGCUGGUGCAUGGCGUAUUAUUCAUUGUAUAAUAGGUUCAAUUGUAUUAACACUUGGAUUAGUAAAUAUAUCAUUAGGUGUCUUUCUUGCUGUAUUACCAUUACCUGUUUGGGUUGGUUGGUAUAUUUAUAUGAGUCUUCUUGUAAUUAUUCUUGCUGUCAUGGAAAUUAUUGCACUUGUACAUCGUCGUAAUCCUUCUAAGCAAGGUUCAUUUAAAACAAAAGAGAGAAUGAUUGAAUAUACGAUUUAUGAUCAUCAUAAAAUACGUGUGGAUCCCAAAGGUACAUCACAAUUAUCAUUAAAAUAUUACGAAGAACCAACUGAACAACAAUCAUCUAUUGUAAUACCUACACCACGUCGUAAUUUUGGUCGUGUUCCAUUAUCUAAUUUAUCAACACUUGAUAAUAAUGUAUAUAGACAUGGUAAUGGUAGUGAUGGAAGUAUUCUUGAUGAUAUGGCACCGCUUGUAUCUAAUCAAAGACAGCCUCGACCUGGUGAUGUUAAUGCAUCAGCUAGUCUUCCAGAAUAUAAUCGAUAUAAUGAUAAAGAAUAUCCAAUAUCAACAAGAAAAAGGAAUAUACCAGGUGAAAGUGAUGAUGUUGGUUAUUCACAAGAACAUGAACAACAAUCGUUACGACCGGUAUCUCAGCAACAAGUCGAGCACAAUCUCACUCGAAUUAGGCUCCAAUAA